UCCCCCGCAGUCAAACUGAAGAGUCAGCCGAGAUCGGAAAUGUCUUUCGAAAAUAGUGGAACUUCCCCCGUGGUGCAGACCACACAUGGAAAAGUGCAGGGAACACGAAUGAAGGGGCUUUAUGACAAUGAAUUCUAUGUUUUUGAUGGCAUCCCAUAUGCAGCUCCUCCACUCGGAUCUCUUCGCUUUAAGGAGCCACAAGAUCUUCAACCAUGGACAGGGAUUCGAGAUUGCUCCAAGCCAGCUAGCAAUUGCUUGCAAGUGCCCUCAAUAACAAAUAUGGUUGAGGGUUCAGAGGAUUGUCUGUACUUAAAUAUGACAGUGAAAACGCUGCAAAGCAAGAAGCCUUUACCCCUCAUGGUUUAUAUCCAUGGUGGGCUAUUUAUUCGCGGAGAUCCUUGGAGGAAAACUUGGGGUCCGGACUAUUUUAUGGAAGAGAAUGUUAUUCACAUAAGCAUUGGAUAUCGCUUGGGACUUUUCGGAUUUCUAAGCUUUGCUGACCCCUCGCUAGGUAUUCCUGGAAAUGCUGCCCUCAAGGAUAUCAUCAAGGCCUUUCAUUGGAUUAAGGCGAAUGCACGUAAUUUUAAUGGUGACCCCGAUAGAAUUACCAUCUUUGGCCACAGCUCGGGCAGCAUGACGGUUCAGAUGCUGUUGGCCAGUCCGCAAACGGAAGGGCUCUUCCACAAGGCCAUCCUUUUGGCGGGUUUUUCGAUGGAGGUUAACACUCUGCCACAUUUGGAGUACCGUUUGGCGAAGUGUUUGGGCUACGAGGGAGAUAAUGUCGAUAGCCAGGUUUUGGAGUUCCUAUUGAAGGCUGAUCCGGUGGAGCUCGUUACUGCUGACGUUUUCAGCCCGGAGGAGAAGGCUGAAGGCAUUAGGUUAUCGUUUAAGCCAACCAUUGAGAGGUAUGCUACUCCCAAUGCUGUUUUAUUGGCGGAGCCCAAGGAACUGCUGCGAACCAGUUGGAGCAACCGCAUUCCCAUCAUUUUAGGCGCUAACACUGAUGAGGGACUAAUCAGUAUAGUUGGCUUUAAAACUAAUCCCAAGGUCUUGCAGGGGUUCCGGGACAACCCAGAGAGGGUACUUCCCGCUGUCCUUAAGAGCACCUGCAACUCGGAUCAAAAGCGUGAAAUGGGUAUCAAAAUUCUGGAGUAUUUCUGCCAGGCGAGUGGUGAACAACUUAGCUUGGAUCAUUUCGAUGCUAUAAAAGACAUCUUCACCCACGCUGUCUUUCACUCCCUAUACCGAAUGAUCAAUUCCAGACUGGAGUACGCUCAGGCACCCACUUAUUUUUACCGCUUCGGCUUCGAUUCGCCGGACUACAACUUUUACCGGAUUCGGUACUGGGGAAAGGAGCUGCGCGGAGUUGAUCACGCGGAUGAGCUGGGCUAUAUAUAUGUCCACCCGUCCACUUUUAAAUUGGACAGAUCCCGACCGGAGUUUACCACGAUUUGCCGAAUGAUAUCAAUGCUCGUGCACUUUGCCGCCACCUCGGAUCCCAAUUCACCGCUUACAAAACCCUUUGUGGAUUGGAAGCCACUAAGCUCGGGACCUGCUCGUAUGGUCCUCAGCAUUGACGAGCAACUGAGGUUUAUACCGCAUACCAUGCCUAAGCUAGAGCUCUUUGACCAGCUGUUCGAACAGGCUGGAGUUCCCCUUUUUUAGGCCUUGUUACCCGACCCCUUACUUAACAGUUUUAUUACUGAAUCAUAAAUUGAGCAGGCCAAAGUUUGGAUACGAUGGCCUGCCGAGUUAAUAAAUGUUUGGCCAAAUUUGGGCGUUGCGAAGAACUACUCA